AUGGGCUGCGCUCCCAGUAUCCACGUCUCUCAGAGCGGGGUGAUCUACUGCCGAGACUCAGACGAAUCCAACUCCCCGCACCAGACCACCACCAUCUCUCAGGGCACCGCGGCCACGUUACACGGGCUCUUCAUCAAGACCGAUGCGGCCGAGACCAUCCCCUCCGUCAUCACCUACCAGAACCGGCACUCUCGGAACAACUCGUACCGGGAUCGCAAGGCGGAGAACAGCGGAGGACACAUCCGCAUCGAGGCCGAGACGCAGACCAGCCACACCAGCGUGAAGGUUUCAGCUACAGAAGAAUGUGUUGGGCCUAUGAGACUGACUCAGGAGCCAAUUCAGGUCCUGCUGGUGUUCGCCAAAGAGGACAGCCAAAGCGAUGCUUUCUGGUGGGCCUGCGACCGCGCUGGGUUCAGGUGUAACAUCGCACGGACGCCCGAGUCUGCCGUCGAGUGUUUCCUGGACAAGCACCAUGAGAUUAUAGUCAUUGAUGGACGCCACUCUCGCUACUUUGAGCCCGAAGCUGUAUGCCGGUUGCUCCGCGCCACAAAGCCCUCUGAAAACACAGUCAUUCUAGCCGUGGUGCCGCAAAAACCGGCUGACCAGGACGAGCCAUCUGUUCUUCCUCUCCUCUGCGCUGGAUUUAGCCGAAGGUUUGUGGAGAACAGCAGCGUGUCAGCCUGCUACAAUGAGCUCAUCCAGAUCGAACACGGAGAGGUGCGCUGCCAGUUCAAACUCAGGGCCUGUAACUCCGUCUUCACUGCUUUGGAGCAUUGUCAAGAGGCCGUGGAGAUCACCAGCGAGGACCACAUAAUACAGUACGUGAACCCGGCGUUCGAGCGGAUGAUGGGCUACCACAAGGGGGAGCUGAUCGGGAAGGAACUGACCGAACUCCCCAAGAGUGAAAAGAACCGAGCCGACCUGCUGGAAACCAUCAACACCUGCAUCAAGAAAGGAAAGGAGUGGCAGGGCAUUUACUACGCCAGGAAGAAGUCAGGCGACAGUAUACAACAGCAAGUGAAGAUAACACCCGUCAUCGGCCAAGGAGGGAAGAUCCGACAUUUCGUAGCCAUCAAGAGACCUCACGUUGACAACAACAAUCAGGUCCACAAGUUCAACAAGGAGGAGAGAUGCAGCGGGGAACAUUCUCAGUCAGAGUGCCAUUCUCUACGUCACCGCGACAGGAGGAAAGAUUCGAUCGACGCCAGGUCGCUCAGCUCUCGCGGCAGUGACGCUCCCAGUUUACAGAAUCGAAGAUAUUCCUCCGUCGCCAGGAUUCACUCCAUGACUAUCGAGGCUCCCAUCACAAAGGUAAUAAACAUCAUCAACGCGGCACAGGAGAGCAGCCCGGUAACGGUAGCCGAGGCUCUAGAUCGCGUGUUGGAGAUCCUGAGGACCACCGAGCUCUACUCCCCCCAGCUCGCCUCCAAAGAAGAUGACCCCCACACCAACGACCUGGUCGGGGGCCUCAUGAGUGACGGGCUGCGGAGACUUUCUGGGAAUGAAUAUGUCUUCUGCAAAAAUAUGAGCCAGAGCCAGCUGGCUAUCCCGGUCACCCUGAAUGACGUCCCUCCGUCCAUCGCCGAGAUGCUGAAUGACGAGGAGUGCUGGGAGUUCAACAUCCUGGAGCUGGAGGCGGCGACGCACAAGAGACCGCUGACUUACCUCGGGCUGAAGAUCUUCACGAGUUUCGGCGUGUGCGAGUUCCUGAACUGUUCGGAGGCCACGCUGCGCUCCUGGCUGCAGCUCAUCGAGGCCAGCUACCACGCCUCCAACUCCUACCACAACUCCACGCACGCCGCGGACGUGCUGCACGCCACUGCCUACUUCCUACGCAAGGAAAGAGUCAAGAGCAGUCUGGACCAGCUGGAUGAGGUGGCGGCGUUGAUAGCGGCCACAGUGCAUGACGUGGACCACCCGGGCAGGACCAACUCCUUCCUGUGCAACGCCGGCAGCGAACUGGCGAUCCUCUACAACGACACGGCCGUGCUGGAGAGCCACCACGCCGCCCUCGCCUUCCAGCUCACCGUCCGAGACAGCAAGAGCAACAUCUUCAAGAACACCGACAGGAAUCAGUUCCGGACGCUGCGACAGGCAAUUAUCGACAUGGUGUUGGCCACGGAGAUGACCAGACACUUUGAGCACGUCAGCAAGUUCGUCAACAGCAUCAACAAGCCGAUGGCUGCCAUAGAAGAGACCAGCACGAGUAGCGUGAACAGCGACUGCGACGGUCAGGCCAACAUCAGGAACUCUCCGGAGAACCGCCUGCUGAUAAAGAGGAUGUUGAUCAAGUGUGCAGAUGUGGCGAAUCCCUGCAGGCCGCUGGAGCUCUGCAUCGAGUGGGCCGGACGGAUCUCGGAGGAGUACUUUGCACAGACGGACGAGGAGAAGAGACAAGGGCUGCCGGUGGUGAUGCCAGUGUUUGACAGGAACACCUGCAGCGUGCCCAAAUCUCAGAUCUCCUUCAUAGACUACUUCAUCACCGACAUGUUUGACGCCUGGGAUGCCUUCGCCAGCCUGCCUGGUCUCAUGGAACACCUGUCGGAGAAUUACAAGUACUGGAAGGGCUUGGACGAGAUGAAGUGUAAGAGCUUGCGUCCCCCGCCUCCGUCUUGACCGAUUCCUCGUGGCCUCCUCUCAUCCAUCACUUCUCCGAAGCAGGGCAGGACAGUGAAUGCAGCCCUGCAGCGGGUCAGUUAAGUCUCUUCAGCUGUGAUUCGACGGAGCUCUGUGCCCUCCUGGGCAACAAACCUCCAACCACCCACCCACCCCGGACACGUUCACGGCCCGACGCUGGGCUUAAUCGGGGGGGACUCGAGAGCAGACAUCACUGACUGAUGGACACUGAGACGCUGUUUCAAUCUCAAAUCACAGCCUCUUUUCUCGUGUGGUUCUCGUCGGAGUGGAGAACAGGUUGUCAUUUGAGGCCCCCCCCUCCCCCGUCGACUCUCUGUUGCCACUUUACGGCCCUGUUAAUAUUCCUAACAGCACCUGUGUGGACCUCAUGGCUCACCUGACAAUCUGCACCGUACAGUGUAACACACCGGAAACCUGCACUUUAGCUAAUCCAGACACUUUCAGUUUUUGCAUUUCACUGUUUUUUUUUUUUUCACAAUCUUUCCAUUCUGCAUCUGUCUAUUGCUGUAAAAGAAACGCGGUGAGUAAGAUGGUGAAGCACUGACGGGAGAAGGAUCUGUUCAUGCUUUCCGGCAAACGUUUGUGCGCUCAAAAGUUCCUUUUUCCAAACGACGUGUGAAGGUGCUCAGCUGGAAUUAUUCAUUCUUAUGAGCGACUUGUGUCUGGGACCAAAUGUUUAGAAAUCCAUGUCCCUGUUGGGUCGCGUACGGAAAGAUUUAAGAAAAAGGGGGAACCCCAGAAAGUUAUUCAAGUACCAGGGUCCAAUCAGAAGAGGGGGAGAACCAGCCAGCACUCAGAUUUUCUAAAAUGUUCAGCCACAUAUAUAGGUGACAUCCAAUGAGGGCUGCACUUGUGGUGAUUGCUCGAUGUAGCUGGUGGUGAAAAAAAAAAAUCUACUGUUAUGGUUACUUCUCUUGUCCGGUGAAGAUCUUUGUAUGUCAGAACAAAUAGAGGAAUUGCACUGUAUCAGAGCUGUUGUUGAAGUUAGAGGUGAUGUUUGUUACACACACACACAGCUUUGUGACACUAACUGUAGACAUUCGCACCCAAGUAAGAGGAAACAAAUCUGACACGCGAGCAGCCGAACAACGUUCCAGGCGACAAACCAGGCGACGCUGUGAGAGCUGUUGGACCUCACAGAGUCCGUGACAGAUGCUACGAAAGGAGGCACCUUGAUCCAGCAGCUGUACGGCUGAUUUAAUCAUCUGCACGUGAUUUUCAAAUCAUUCUGGAUUCAGAGAAACAGACCAAAAAAAGAAAAGAUGUGAUUUUGUAUGAUGUGUCUGCCCUCUGGUGGCUACACGGAGGUGCUGCAGUAGAAAUCAGUGUGAUGGUUCCAGAUCCGAUCCACGGGAGAUGAGUUAUUACCGCACUGUGACUGGGAUUAGAAACAACAAUGAUUUCUCAUGUGUAAGUCUUUUAGUUUAAAGCAUCCCUGUAUCUUUCAGAGCACAUGAAGGUGAAACAGUAUCGUAAAGCUCUAUUUCUGGCAGCACAUUGAACCAUGCAAUGUUAUUUUUAACAAAAAUCGGAUUCAGAAGUGUUGUUGAUGGUCAAACCUGCAGAUAUCCAUAAACUACCUGAGCUGCUUCGUGUAAUUUCAAGUUCUAGUCCAUCUGAACGACGCUUACGAGCGAAGGAGGAGGACACGUCGCCGUGUGUGUGUGUUUAAAUAAGGAAACGCACAUUUCCAGGAUUAACCAAAGGCACGGAGAGCUUUUUACAGGUGCCUUAUUCUUUGGUCAUCUUUACAGAAACUAAAGUUUUUUCUGUUGUUGUUGUUUUUUUAGUUCCUCGACUCCUCGGAAGAAGUAAAAUCACGAGAGAAGCCAUAAGUGUUUUAGAUAUUUCUUUAGAAAAAAAAACUAAAUGUGGCUCUGGGUGUGUUGCUUCAUGGUCUGUGCUCCAGUUUUGAGUCAGUGUUAACAGUUCUGUCCUGAUAUUUUCUUUUUUGUACAAAUGUGAGAAUCAGGUGAAUCAGAUGUGAAUUCCACUAUGGGUUUGUUAAUGUUUCAGUUCACUUUUUACAACUGGUCACAUUCAUGUAUUCGUCAUGAAACGUAGUCGUUUUACUGACGACCGAGGUCUUAAAUCGACGCCUUAAUCCUGUCACGUCUCCGUGUUUUAGGUCUGCUAUUGUUGCAAUACACUGUAAACUACCUAACGUACCUGCUGUUCUUGUAAAUACUCACCUGAGAUUACUUGCUUUGCAUUUGACAUCAUUUGCUCAUGUAACCUGUUUUUUGUUGUUGUUUUGUUUCGGGUGUUAAAUGUUGCAGGGGGUGUUGGACUUGAAACGCGGCUCCACCUCUGAAUGUUUCACGACUGCUCACUGAUCACGACUGCUCUCACUGAUCACGAGAAGAUAUUUUCUUAAAGAUUUCUAUUCACAGAGACGAUUUACAGAUUUUACACGUCAAGACAUGAACAUGCCUUUUUUUUCCCGCGAGCAGCGAUGACUGGAACGUGACGAUACCGAUUAGAUCAGAUGACGCCUCGCUCGCUUCCGAGUCCGCCGAGGCAGAACCAGACUGUGUAACUGCUUGUUGUGUAAUGAUAAGCCUUCAUCACUUACAGUGAUUUCUAUUUCCUCUCUCUCUCCUUCAUCUCUGACACUGAUGGCUGUGGACGAUGUGCCAAUCCUGUGUUGUUUUUGUAUAAUUUAUAAAAAAACUAACAAAAAAAAGGAAACAAUAAUUAGAAAGUGAUGUUAUAUACGGUACAAAUUAUUUUUCAAAGAAAUCAUUAUCGGCCAUGAGAACUGUAAUGUGUGUUUUCAAAGAUUUAAAAAAAAAAAAGAAGACGAGCUUUCCGUCAGAGUCACUUCAGAUGUUUGAGAAGAUGAAUUUAGUUUGCUCUCUGGAUUAUGAUGUCUUAUUUUGAUGUUUUCUGUCAAACACCGAAAUGUAUUGUGAGAGACGAUUAAAGCAUUCUUUAAA